UCCGGUGGGACAUCAUUCGAAUAGUAGGACUCGUCCUUAACGGUGUCGAAAAGUUUUGCCAUAGGGACUCGCUGGAAUUUUUGUUACGGGGAAGAACGUUAAGAACGUGAGGAUGAACAAAUUUGUGAUCUUUGCUAGCGUGUUUGGAGUGCUGGUGGCAGCUAGCGCGGUGCUCGGAGCACCGGCUCCCCAGGUUGAUGCGGGUCCAAGAUCUUCCGCUCAGGAUGUGCAAACCGUGCGAUACUAUAGUGAAAACAAUGGACUCGAUGGUUACAAGUUCACAUAUGAACUCAGUGACGGUCAAAUCCGCUCCGAAGUAGGCACCUACAAGGACUCGAAGGACGCCGACGGUAACGACGUCAAGGUGCUGUUCGUCCAGGGCUCGUACUCGUUCGUGGGUCCCGAUGGUCAGACCUACUGGGUGAACUACACCGCCGACGAGAACGGUUACCACCCGAAGGUGGGAACCGGACCAACCGGAGGAAUCCAAGCGGGACAAGAUGCGCCCAUCAACAGUGCGUAAGUCGACCCCACCCCGCGCGCCGGUCGAUGCCACAGUCUAGCCUUAGUUGAUUCUAAGUCAAUGCCUACAUACUCCGCUGAGCCACAAAUAAAUGAGAUAUAGAAUGCGAGAUUUUCCUAGUGGGAUAGAUUAGCAUUUGAUACGGUAGGAUUUAGUGUAAAUAUAAUAUGUUCUAAUGUAUACGUGAAACGAGUGCGUGUCUUCUCGUAGCAAUACAUAAAGUGAUGAUCGAUAAAGAUGGAGAUUAAAGUCGA